AUGACUCCAGUCGCGUUAGUCCGGUGUCGUGGCAGUGGAGGGGUGUUGACUGCCUCGACUGCGUCUCGGUACAGCUGCUCCCAUUUGCCAUGUUGGAAAGCUCGCAGCCGAGCCUUGAUCUGGGGCCAGUUUGGGCGUCGAGGUGAGUCUGUGCCUGUUGCUGCUCCCUCCGCUCCGUCCGCUGCUCCUGUUCCCCCGGCUCAAUUUGUUGAUCCGCCAGUAUCUGCGCCCACUGGUGUCGUGGCUGAUCCCCCGGUUCCUGUCCCUGGUGCACCCGUUGUGCCGUCUGCUUCUGCCCCCGCCGAGCCUUCUUCGGCGUCUGCUUCGUCGCCGAAGGCGGCGUCCGCCACCACUGGCGUCCCGGCUCCGUCGGUUUUGCCCGCGGUGGCGGGUCCAUCCGUACCUACUGUGACGCCGGUAGCCCCGGCAGGUCAGCCGUCACGUCCCCAGUCACCCAACCGUCGUCUGUCUCGGCCCCAUUCCCCUGCGCCCCACCAGAAGCGCAGGUCGACUCGUCUCCGGCGCGACUCUCCACGGCGUUACCAGCAGCAGACGCACUGGCCUGCUCACCCCGGUGGUCAGGGGGACUGGAGGGGUCCCCGCGGGCGUGGCGGUGGUGGGGGGUACCGUCCGCCUGUGACGAUGGCGGAUCUACAGCGGGAAGUCUCGAGGGCGGUGCGUGAGGAGAGGGCGGCGCAAAGUGAGAGCAGUUCCAUGCGCGCCUCGCCCGCCCUUCCAUGCGCGCCUCGCCCGCCCUUGAGGCUCCUCGACAGGCUGUGCUCCCCGUGGGUCCGCAGCCUGCCGGUGCACCCCCGCCUCCGGAUCACUUCCCGCCGGUUCCUGCUCCCGCCGCCUCGGCCCCUCCCCCCUGUUCUCGUCUUCAUCUGCCGCCGGUUCUGCCUAUUGCGGGAGUGGAGUUUGUUGCUGCGGGCGGUGGCUCGUCGGCGCAGUAUUCUCACCACGUUGCUGCGGAUGAGCCACUUCUGUUCCUGA